AUGAGGACUCAGGAGUCAUUGACCUCAUUAAGUCCUUUUGUACUGUUUUUUGCAGAUAAUAAGCCUCCAGUGACUGUUUCGGAGUCAGGAGAGUUCCGUGGUGGUUAUAAUGUGACCAGACGUGGACGUCGCUUUGAAACUUACCGCGGCAUUAGGUACGCUGAACCACCGGUGGGCGAACUAAGGUUUCAGCCUCCUGUAUUGAUCACAAAAUACAAGGAGCCAGUUAACGCCAGUGAAGAUGGACCUGCCUGCCCUCUACCGGCUGAUCCAGGGUACUAUGUAGAUGAAGACUGCUUAACUAUCAACGUGUAUACACCGCUUAAGAAAAACAGGUCCAAGCCUCUCCCGGUAAUCUUCUUCAUCCACGCCGGUGGUUUCUACGUGAUGACUGGUCGCAGUGACCUCGCGGGACCUCACUACCUGUUAGACAGAGACGUGGUGCUCGUCACUAUAAACUAUCGACUUGGAUCUUUAGGUUUCCUAAGCACGGGUGAUGCUCUGGCCCCUGGUAACAACGGCCUCAAGGAUCAGGUGGCAGCCCUUAAAUGGGUGCAGAGGAACAUCGCGGCUUUCGGUGGUGACCCUGACAACGUGACAAUCGCGGGUUGCAGCGCUGGUUCCUUCAGUGUCUUACUUCACAUGGUUUCCCCUAUGUCUAAAGGUUUAUUCCACAAAGCGAUAUCUAUGAGCGGUUCUCCUAUCGGCAAAGCGCCCCUCAAAGACAACCAGUAUAACCUGGCCGUCAAACAAGCACAGCUUCUGAACUGUCCCACUGACAACUCAAAAGUUAUCAUCGACUGUUUGAAGACCAAGCAUUGGAGGGAACUUGGAGACUCCUUACUUGGAUUCUAUGAGUUUGGCUUCGAUCCCGUGCUAAUCUGGAGUCCAGUGGUGGAGAAAGAUUUUGGUCAAGAGAAGUUCCUUCAUGUACAACCAGCAGAUGCCGUUAGAGCAGGCAACAUACAAGCAGUGCCUUACAUCAUAAGUCAGACCAAGGAUGAGUUCUUCUGGAUGGCUCUUACCCCCCUUAAAAACGAGACGCUUCGAAACCAAAUGAAUACCAACUGGGAAAGUAUCGCUCCAAUAUCUUUUCUGUUACCGAGAGACAACCUGACAUAUGCUGGGUAUGCUUCUAGAAGAUUACGGACACAAUACCUUCAUGAUAAACCCUUAGCUGAUGACGCAGAGACCGCUGCUAACUUGGGCUUAUUAUACGCAGACGCCAUCGAAUCCUUCCCAGUACACAGGCUGGCCAAUUUAAUGUGUCGUCAUUCACCUCACCCUGUUUGGUAUUACGAGUUCACGUACAUCGGAGCACACAGCCAUUAUGAAGACCCUGUGACUAAGAAACCUGUUGGUGCCGCUCAUCACGACGACCUCAUCUAUCUCUUCACCCUGAGUUACCGGUUUCCUUCCAUCACUAACGGCCCUGAUGGAAAUGCCGUGGAUAGACUGACAGCUAUAUGGUACAACUUCGCUAGAUACGGAGACCCAAAUCCACGAGACGAUACUCCCGAACUUCAAGGUCUCAGCUGGCCGGCCAUGACCCCAAAGAAAAGGACAUAUUUAGACUUUGGUAAACAGCUCGCUAUCAAAGAAAAUAUGAAAGAAGAACGCAUUCCUAUAUGGGAAGAGUUAUAUCCCAUGCAAUACUGA